AUGUCAACAUUAGAGAACACAACAACUGCUAUCGUUCAUGAAGCCAUAAAUGAAGAAUACGAAUACAUACAAUAUAACAAACAACUUCGCCUCAUUCGUUCGGUCAAAGAUGACAUGUACCAAAUGCAAAGUAUAAUGAAUGCUCUUCGUUCUACAAAGCAAGCAUAUCAUUGGUUUGAAAACCAACAGACAAAAGAACUUUUAGAAGAAUUUCCUCAUAUGAUUGCUUCCCUCGGAAAACCGAGAGAAGAGAUUCCAUUCGAAAAUCGCAAGAAUUUGGCACCUGGUUUGAAAGGUUAUUAUGUUCAUAGACUUUUAGUAAAUGCUGUAGCAAUGUGA